AUGGGUGUUUUACAACAUGAAUUCGGUAUAACAACUGGCAGUCUUAACAAUUUUCUUGGCAUAAAAAUAAAGCAAUAUGAAGAUGGAGCAAUAAUGAUAAGUCAAGAGAAAUACACAGAAGAAAUUCUGCAAAGAUUUCGAAUGUCAGAAUGCAAUACAAUCUCAACUCCUAUUGGACGUGAGGACAAUAAUCAAAACGAAGAAGUUUCGUCAUCUGUACCCUACCGUGAAGCAUUUGGUUGUCUCAUGUACCUUUCAACAGUAACUCCUCCAGACAUCAGUUUUGCAGUCAAUAAAGCUGCUCGAGCAAUGGAGAAACCAACCACUGAAGACUGGGAUAGAGUAAAUCGCAUUUUCCGGCAUUUGAAAGGGACCUUACAUUUUGGAAUUGUAUAUAAUAAAAAAGAAGAGUUAAAGAUUUACGCUGAUGCAGAUUUCGCAGGUGAUAACCGGACAAGGCGCUCAACAGCUGGAAUUCUUGCAAAGUACUCAGGUGGUGCAGUGUCAUGGACAAGUCAGUUGCAUUAA